GGUUGAAGACCAUGUCAUUGGGGAAGGCAGCGGCUCUGGCGAUGCGGUGCUGUGCUGCUGCUAUACCCAAAGGGCGCCGAUGCUGGUGGGUGAACUGGCGAAUGUGUUGAAACUACAAUUGUCGACCCAAUUCGCUGCGACAGGCUCAUACUACUGCAGAAUGUGAGCAGAAGACCAACUGGGCGAUAUGAGUCUUCAUCUUCGCCUGUCUCGCAGUAUUCCUUCGCAUCGUCGCGAACGCGCUAGCGAGAUUCAGGAUUCCAUCGACGAUCGCCGAAUUUGGAAGAAGAAAAAGACGAACAAGCAGCCAGUGCUCAACGAGUUCAUCCCAAGGGGUAUCCGCGACAACGUGGGAUCUACGUUCAGCGACCCCAAUGGCGGAGUGACAUCAGCCAGCGAGAGCCUGCCUUGGCAUCUGGCAUUCGAGAGUCCGUCGAACUUCAAGCCUGUUAUCAAACAUUUGCUCGGGCAUGACACGACUCACGCCUCCAUCACUUCAUCAUUCGCCAUCAAUCUGCGUCCUGCCAGCUGUGCCUCAUACACCCGCAACUGUGCAUCAUAAUCGACGCUGAGAAUCCGACAGACUUGCAGGGACAUGACAAUGCGCGAGACUUGGACGAUGAUACCUUGCUCCCGCCUGUACCUGUGCCUAUGCCUGUACUCGUCGUCGGCCCGACACAGGCCACUUGCGGCAUUUCAAAGACGUAUUUGAGCAUCG